GGUUAGGGCUUCCACCAUACAGUCUAUGGUAUACACCAACUGAAGCAAGUGGAAGAAAUGAUUGGUUGCUACGGUCGUGACGUCAUCACCACGCGACCAGCCCCAGCAGCGAUUCCUGUUGAGUUGAGAGCAUAACUUAAUUCUACAAUAAGGCUUGAAAUUAGCCCGUAUUUAUGACAGACCUUUUCUUGUCAGACAUGGCUACUGAGGGUGUGGAAAAGACAAGUGAAGAUGCUCCAGUACCUGGGAAGGUGAGCACCAGGUUUGACCUGGAGAAGGAGACUGAGCUUCGGUUUGAGGUGGAGGCAGGGGAGGCAGCAGAGCAAGUUGAGCUGGAGCUCCUUACAGGAAUGGCUGAGGUGUUUGGUUCUGAGCUGAACCGCAACAAGAAGUACACAUUUGGACCAGGCUCCAAAAUUGCAGUUUUCACCUGGCAAGGCUGCAGUGUGAAUCUUUAUGGAAAGCCAGAGGUGGCCUAUGUGUCCAAGGAUACUCCUAUGUUGCUCUACCUGAACACACACGCUGCCCUGGAACAGAUGAGAAAACAAGCAGAGCGGGACAAUGAGAGGGGGCCGAGGGUGAUGGUGGUUGGACCUACAGAUGUGGGGAAGUCAACAGUGUGCCGGCUGCUAUUAAGCUAUGCUGUAAGGGUGGGCCGGAGGCCAACACUGGUGGAACUGGAUGUUGGACAGAGUGGGGUGUCUGUACCUGGGACUGUGUCGGCACUGUGCAUUGAGCGCCCGGCAGACGUGGAGGAGGGUUUCUCAGUCCAGGCUCCUUUGGUCUACCACUUUGGCUCUACUACCCCAGGGACCAACAUCAAACUUUACAAUAAGUUGACGUCACGCCUGGCCGAGGUGUUUUCCCAGCGCUGUGAGGUGAACAGGAAGGCCAGUGUGGGAGGCUGUAUCAUCAACACCUGCGGCUGGGUGAAGGGCUCUGGAUACCAGGCUCUGGUCCACUGUGCCUCUGCCUUUGAGGUGGAUGUUGUGCUGGUGCUGGACCAUGAGAGGCUCUACAAUGAACUCAAACGAGACCUUCCUCACUUUGUGCGGGUUGUGCUCCUACCCAAGUCUGGGGGGGUAGUGGAGCGUUCCAAAGAGUGCCGGCGGGAUACACGGGAUGAGAAGAUCCGCGAGUACUUUUAUGGCUUCCGUGGAGUAUCGUUCUACCCUUUUUCCUUUGAAGUGCGUUUCUCAGAUGUCCGCAUCUACAAAAUUGGGGCACCAUCUAUCCCAGACUCGUGCUUGCCACUGGGAAUGUCUCAGGAUGACACCCAGCUAAAGCUGGUGCCUGUGACACCAGGGAGAGACCUCACAUAUCAUGUGCUGAGUGUGAGCAGUGCUGAAGAUGGUGAGGAAGGAGCAAGAAAGGGUAUAGUGGAGAGCCCUGUUUGUGGCUUUAUCGUGGUGACUUAUGUGGACACGCAAACACAGGUGAUGAAAGUGCUGUCCCCAGCACCCAGACCACUGCCCAGACACACUCUGCUUAUCAUGGACAUCCGCUUCAUGGACAUGAAAUGAAGUAACUCUUCAGGGAAUAGGACUCAGUUGUGAAAGAAGUGGGGAUCAUAUUAGGGACAGAGUUCAGUUGAGAGGGAUUUUGUCCCAGAGGAGCUAGAUUGUGUUUCCUAGUUGACUUGCUUCACAAAGACUACACAGGGCAAAAGAGAAAACAAUUUAAGUUCUAAAGUUGGUGGCUACUGUAAAUGAUACCCCAUUUUAUAGACCACAUGUACAUAUCUUUAGGCAAUGUUUUGGCAAAGGAUGUUUUAUCAGUGCAGGAAUUAUUUUCUUGAUAAUCUAUUUCAUAAACAUUGUUUUUUCUCUUGAGUAAUAAAUGUUUAAUGUAAAA